AUGUGCAGCACAAAGGGAAUGUGGCACGUGGCCCCAGGAAGAGUUCACCCGGCCAGGGGGCAGUUGUUCAGUUGCCUGGGGCUGACACUGACCACUGGCCUCUGGGGUGUCCUGCAGCCCAAAUGCCCACCUUGCCCUCCUCACAUCUCAGUCAGGGGAGGCCAUGCCCAAGCCAAUGUGCUGUCGCAGCCUGCAGCGGGGGCAGCGCUUCCUUGGAGGGCCUGGGAGGUGCUGGGGAUGCCCCAGCGCUUCUCUUCCUGCCUGGCCCUGGCAUGGCCCAGCGCCUCUAGGAUCAACUUACGAUCCGUGGAGCAGCCCCGGGAAACCCAAAUCUGGCUCAGGACAGCGUACGGGCAGGAGGGCUGUAAAUCAUCCCAGGCUAAGCCUCCAUGGGCACUGGCUCCUGCCGCAGCCUGGCUACGGGCUCAGUUAGAACCAGGUAGAAAGUCAGCGACACCCCACAGAAGGCCACUGCGGCUAAGUAAACACCUGAGAAAGAAACUGCUCCAGAAGAGAUGACGUGGGCUUCCAGGAGCAUGGAGGAGGUGGCACUUGAACUUUUAGGAAACUCCUUAGAUGAGAUAAAGUGGGGGUUGGAGGUGGCGAAAAGAGGGUAACCCUGGGAAAGUCAAAGUCAGAACCCAUGGCAGAAGACUGCAGGAGAGGCAGGGGAGGGGCUUUGGGGACCACUGUGGACGGAGCUCUGAAAGCACCCUGGCCAAAGCCUCUCCUGAGGUGACAGAGCGUGGGAGGAGGCUGCACUGGGCCUGCGUGCCAUCCUCACCCCUGUUCCCCGCUGGCGCCAGGCUCUGCCUUCUUGGUACCUGUGCCAACAGGAGAGCCCUCACCAGCUGAUCUUGUCACUCUCCGUGGUGACAGUGCCUUGGCCAGCUGUGGCCCCUAGUUUCUAGCAGCGUUUCUCAGUGUCCUUGGCCCUUCUGAGAAGGCAGGCGGGAGGCACACGGUGCCCUGUUCUUCCCCGUUUGUCCAGUUGCUUGCAAAACAGAGAAUGAGUAGGAAUGAACCCGAGUGCCUUCAACCGCCCUGUCCCCCACGUCAGGACAGGCUUGAGGCCUCUCUGGGCGUGAGCGAGGAAACCAGGCUGCUCUAACUUCUGAAGAGUGGGCUCUGGCUCAAGACUCCAAUCGGCCAGAAGCCCACAGAGAUCAAAGCACUAGCAAGUUCAGCUGUCCUGGCCCUCGGGUAGAACCCACGGGCGUGCCUGGGUGCGGCUCCACCCACAUGCCCCACUGUCAGCCCAGGCAAGAGCCUUCCUGGCCGGGCUCAGGAUCUGCCUGCAGCCCAGCCAGGCCAUCACCCAGCCCCGAUGCGUCCUGGCACUGCACGCUUACUCUUCACAAGCACUUAUACGCGGAUGGCCUCCGAGACCCUGCCUCCCUGGUCUGCUGAGGCCAGGCCAGGUCUCCCAUGGAGCCGGGCAGCUCCACACCCCCACCACCUGGCACCGUUAGGUUUCAGAUCUCCCGUGUGGUGUUUGAUGUCGGCUUUUGUUCCUACCUUGGGAGUUUGGAUUGUUUCCUCUGGUGUCUUUGUUUACCUUCCUCACUGUUCUACCUCCUGGCCAGGUCUCAGCUUAGCUUCCCUGGUGUGGGGUGUUUUUCAAGCCUUCCAGCCACAGCUGUCUCCCCUCAGGCUGGACGGCUCCGGGGUGACAGGGCUUCACCCUCUGCCUGCAGACCCCUGGUGGGCACAUCUCACAGGCUUCCGUCUUGCUGAGUUGGGUACGGAGGCAGAGUGGGGUGUGGAGGAAAGUCAGAGGGAAAUCUGCUUCAGAAAGGAAGGGUCUUUAGACACAAAGACUGGAGGCCCUUCCCCGCCCGCACGGGAGCUGCCAUCGUGGGGCUCAUGCACGUCAAGACCUUCCCACAUCCAAACUCAGCUUCCAGCAGGGAUUUUGACUUUGGAUGACAAGGCUUUAUUUGUAAAUAUGCUCUUAAUAUGCAACUUUGAGAAUAAAAUAGAAACAUCAUGUAUUUUAAAAUAUAAGAUGAAGUGUGACGCACUGUAUACAAUUUAAUAUAUAUUUUUAGGAUUUUGUUAUUUAAGAAAAUGGAAUGUAAUGGUACUUUUACAAAAGAGAAAAAAUGUUAUUUUUACUUUCUGGAAAAAAUAAAUAUUCUCAUUGUUGUAGAAAGA